AUGCAUCUCCCAUCAACCCUCGCUUACUUUGCCCUCCUCGCCACAUCCUCUGCUCUGCCCUCCCCUAAACCCAAGCCCAGCGCCCAAAAACCACCCUACUUCCUCCUCGCCGGCGACUCAACAACCGCCGUACAAUCCGCAGGCGGCGGCGGCUGGGGCACCGGCUUCCUGACGACAACGCUUCAAAACGGUGCUUCAGGCACGAACUACGGCCACAACGGCGCAACAACCGUAUCCUUCCGACAAGGCGGCGACUGGGCCACCGUGCUAUCCUCCGCGAAAAACGUGUCAAGCAAAUACACGCCUUAUGUUACGAUUCAGUUUGGACACAACGACCAAAAGCCCGAUAAGAACAUCAGCGCCGCAGAUCUCACAAACAACCUGAUUGCGUAUGUGAACGAAGCGCGGGAUGUAGGCGCAACACCCAUCCUCGUUACAUCGCUAAGCCGACGCAACUACGACGCCGACGGGAAGAUCAAACUAAACCUCGCGGAUGUGGUUGCUGCGACGAAAGAAGCGGCGAGUAAGAGCGGCGCGGGCAUUAUCGAUUUGAAUGCGGCAAGCACGGCGUAUUUGAAUGCGAUUGGCGCGGAGAAGGCGCAUACGUAUAAUCUCAAGGCGGAUGAUAACACGCAUUUGAAUGCGGAGGGGAGUGUCGUGUUUGGGAAUCUGGUGGCGAUGUUGUUGGAUGAUGCGGUGAAGAGCGUGAGGAAAUAUGUUAAGCCUGUGCCGAGUGUGCAGAUGGCGCUGCAGAAGGGUGUUUAUAUUUUCCCUGCUGUUUAG